CAGAAUGAUUGAUUGCAUGUGUGCCCUGCCCACCUCUUAUCCCCGCCCGUGCUCCCUUGCAACGCCCUCGAGCCAAACUCACCGCCGCCCGCCGCUGCCAUCGUCGACGGCACCUCCUCCGCCCGCCGCCUCGUCCACACGGCUUCUCCUUCCCGAGGCCCAGCUGGGACGCCCGCGCGUACGUGUCCCUCACUGCCCGUACGUAGCCGCCAUCCAUUGCACACUUGCACGCACCCUGUGGAGACGGAGGAUCAAGUUAAAAGGCUUGGAAAUGGUGAGAGGAAGAGGCUAAGCAAGCUAUACCUGUUGAUCGUGCUGCUUCGUGUAAGGCCUGUUGCAGGCGCACAUGCUCUUGCCCGGAAGGAAUUUUGCAAAUGAAUCAAUGUGUGCCAUGAAGAAUAAGCAACGAUACCAUGAAAGUGACUUGCCAGUGAAACUGACAUUCCAAUCCUUAAAGGAGGUCACAAACAACUUCGCCGACAAACUUGGCAGCGGUGCAUCUUCAGAAGUUUACAGGGGAGAGUUCGAUGGAAAAGUGAUUGCCGUAAAGAAACUUCCAUUCAGGAUUGGGAUUGACGAGAAGCUAUUCCAAAACGAAUACGAACACCUUAAGAGGCUCAAGCAUCAUAAUAUCGUGCGGCUAGUGGGCUUCUGUGAUGAAACAGAGCAUGUAUUUGCAGAGUACAAAGGGAAAACAAUAAUUGCCGAAGAAAUACAUAGGGCACUCUGCCUCGAGUUCCUACCCAACGGACCCCUUAGUGACUAUCUUCGUGAAAAAUAUACUGGACAUAGUUGGUACACACGGUUCCAGAUAAUCAACGGGAUGUGUGAGGGUUUGAAAUAUAUUCAUGAAGUUUCCGUUGUGCAUUUGGAUAUAAAGCCUGGUAAUAUAUUGCUAGAUGCGAAAAUGAUACCGAAAAUUGCGGAUUUUGGAUUAUCAAGGCUACUGGUCGAAGAAUGCAUCAGAGAGGCAACUCAGUUAGGGACAAUUGGAUACAUACCAAGGGAGUUCAUAGACAAUCAAGUUAUCUCAAGAGAGUUUGACAUCUUUAGCUUAGGGGUUACAAUUAUGAAGAUAUUGACAGAACCAAUGGACUACUGGAACAUUUCUUACAUGAAUGACAAGGAAUGUAUUGAGCAUGUACAGGACAACUGGAGGAAAAGGUUUGAGGAGAUACCACGGUAUCCAUGGCUUGAAGAUUGCAAACAAGUAAGAACUUGUAUUGAGAUCGCACUACGAUGUAUGGAUCCUGAGCGACUUAAUAGGCCUUCGCUGAAUCAUAUUGUCAGUAAGCUGAUUCCAGUACGAAGGACAGUGGUACCUUAUACGUGCGAUGUAGAACGUAUAUCUGUCAAUUAUAUGCCUGCCCCUUUUUUCGAAAAGGAGGAACUUAGCCCCCAGCAUCUCAAUUAUAUGCCUGCCCCUUUUUUCGAAGAGGAGGAACUUAGCCCCCAGCAUCUCAAUUAUAUUCCUGCCUGUUUUACAUCGGAUUCUGGUUUUGAAGUGGAGUGUAUGUCUGCCAAUUCUACAACGGACUUAUGGUUGCCGAUAGACAUCCAGGAGAUAGACACUCCUCAGAUGCCUUCACCAGAACCGGAAGAUUCACACAUUCGCACAUGUGAACUAUCGUUCGAGUUUCUACGAGAAAUUACUAAUGAUUUUUCAAAGGACCGAAUAGUUUCUGAAUGCGCAUCUGCGACAAUUUUUAAGGGUAUACUUAACUCUGGAGAAGAGACUCGGGUGAAGAGGUUUAGGGCAAGUAAAAAGGAUAUUCCAGAUAAGGAGUUUCAGAAUGAAGUUGGAAAGCUCAUGGAGAUCAAACACAAAAAUAUAGUACGGUUACUCGGCUAUUGCAACGAAAAGAAGAGGGAAGCUGUGAAGCAUGACGGGAGAUAUAUUGUGACAUGCAAGGUAGAAACUUUGCUAUUGUACGAGUAUGUGCCAAAUAGAAGCCUUGACCAAUAUAUUUAUGGUGAUUCUUGUCAACUUGAGUGGAAUAUGCGCUUCAAGAUAAUUUUGGCCAUUUGUGAGGCGUUGCAUUUCUUACAUACUGAGUUAAACAAGCCUAUCAGUCAUCUGCCUCUUACUCCUGAGAACAUACUAUUAGACAAAAAAUUGGUACCAAAACUUUCAGAUAUUGGUCUAUCAGAUUUGUUUGAAGGACUAUCCCCAGAGGGCACAGAAUAUGAUCCGGAAAUAAAUCGGUACAAGGCUCCAGAAUACAUAAACAGAUACACUAUUUCAUUCCAAUCAAACAUAUACAGCUUAGGUCUCUUAAUAAUGGAUAUCGCAACAGGAGAGAAGGACAGCUCUCAUGCUCGACAAACCAUGGAUAGUAGCCAUUCUGCGAAUGUACGUCAAAAGUGGACGGAUGAAUACAUAGCAUCAAAGUAUACAUCACUGGAUGUCACUUGCAUUGGUCAACUCAGAGUAUGCCUCCAGAUUGCGUUAUGGUGUGUCGAGGACAACAGACAGGACAGGCCAUCUAUACGGGAAAUUGUCAAUACACUGAACAAUCCAUAUAUAGGCAGAGCAUUAAACAAGCCAGGAGUCGGUCCCAUCUUAUUGUUGAGCGUGCAACCCCAGCGUCUCUGCUUCCCUCUCCCUUCCACAAGGUUGAUUUCCCGCCUGUUGUGCCUAACAAACAACAAGGAUGAGUGUAUCGCCUUCAGGCUCCUCACGGAUAACCCAGGGAGGUACCAUACAGAGUUGCCGCUUUGCGGUAUUGUACCGCCAAAGUGCACCUACACUAUCAACGUGGUAGUGCACGAGCAGACAAAGCAGCUACCAUCAAAUAGCGACGAGUUUUUGACCCUCAUCUGCACAACAACGCAUGAGAAGGAACUCAAGAAUCUCGACGCAGACUCUGCCGCAGUCCUUUUUGGGAACCCCGAUCAUGAGGUGCAAGAGAUGAUGCUCCCUGUUGUUUGUGACUCAUCGGAAGAGACUAUCUCUAAUCAGAUCAUAGCCAGUCAGCAUUGCCGAGUGGUUCCAUCCGUUGAUGUUCAUUCAAUCAGCCAAAAUUACCGGCAGGUGUUGUCCAUAGAUGUGCAUCCAAAGGAGCCUUGGCUAUUGACGACCAACCAAAUGGGCACUCUUUGCAUUUGGAACUACCAGAAGAAGGAAACGUUGAACUCCUUGGAAGUUACUCCAGGAGAACCAGUAUAUUCCGCAAAAUUUAUCGAACCAAAGCAUUGGUUCGUGACUGGGGAUGGCGAUGGAUACAUUCAUGUGUACAGUUAUGAUACAAUGAAAGAAGCCAUGAACUUCAAAGCUCAUGAGAAUACCAUCAUGUCUUUGGCUCUGCAUUCGAGUUUUUCUUUCGUGCUAUCAGCAUCUGACGAUCACCUGAUCAAGCUUUGGGACUGGGACAAGCGCUGGGAAUGUAUGCGGACAUUUAGUGGACACUAUGACAGAGUCACACAAGUGAUGUUUGACCCGCGGUCGAGUAAUGAGUUUCUAAGUGCUUCCAUGGAUGGCAGUGUCAAGCGCUGGUACCUCUACUAUGGUAAUUGCGACAACACGUUUGUAGACAAAUCAGGUGGCCUCCUAUGUCUUCACUACAUCAGAGAUAGGCAAGUUUACUAUGAUGGGAGAUUACUGGUUGCUGGCUCUUCGGAUGGUGUUGCAAAGGUCUGGGAUGAGCUUGAGGGAGAAUGUGUUGGUACGCUUGAAGGACAUACAAACUGUCUCACUGCUCUUUGUUGGCACCCCAAACAUGAAGUAUUAGUAACAGGUUCCCUUGAUGGGACCGUACAAAUCUGGAAGCAAACUAGCACUAGAUACAGACUUGAGAACAUAAUACGCCUUAACCUCGGUGCAGUUACUGCUCUUGCAUACAUACCGGAAGCAAGGUCUCAGACGGUUCCGUAUACCAAGUUGUGGCACUUUCUAAAGGAGGCUUUUAACGAAUUUAUUAAUUGUUGUCUCGGAUCAGAAAGUUCCAAACACCCAUCCAUGUCCUUCGUACAGAGUGGCAUAUGAGGGAGGUGGUCGAAGCUAGAUCAUGCGCGAGUCCCGACGGGAAUGGGCCGAUGUUAUCCAUUGGGACAUUGGUCGAGCCCAUAAUUUCAAGGCCGAUGGGUCUACUGGGUCAGCUUCAUAAGAAAAUUGGGUCAAGGGAUCCUGUCACCAUCAGCCCACUGGGACAAGCAAGUCGACUCAAUUUUAGUUGCCCAAGAUUGUAGUCUGUCAUUACAAUGCACAUGCCUUUGCAAGGUUGUUAUCUUUGUGUUUAUUAGUACAAAUGCCCGUGCAUUGCAACGGACGAAAAAAUCGCAAUACCUGCUACGCAUAUCAAGUGAUGAAUCUUGAAAGAAAAUAAAGGGGGUUCAAAGUUAAAUAUGUGUAUAAAAAGUCAAAAUCUCCUCAA